GUAAGAUGGCGCCCAGCGAAAUAUGAGUGGAUAAGAAAAAGAAAAACUACAGCUAGCCAUUUGACGAAAACCACGACAAAUAAAGAAUACAUCAGCCACAGAGAAACGUUAGUAGCACCUCGCUUUUCUGCUCAUUGAAAGAGCAGUAACGUUUCGAGGGUAGAGAAGCGUUUGUGGGCGGCUCGAGCCUCGGCCCGGUUGAGGAAGAGAGAAGAAGACACUGUCAGCAGCAAUGAACAACUCCCUGGAUGGCACAGGCUCUUACGAGGAGCUUGUGAGGCAAAAGGCUCGGAGCAUCCCUCAGCAUCGCAUGAAGGAGUUCCUGGAGUCCUUGGCAAGCAAGGGUCCAGAUGCCCUGCAGGAAUUCAGUCAGCAAAGUGGAGAUACCACCACCACCACAACCACUAUGGUCUACCAACAAGAGGCGAACUGCAUCUAUACAGACAGCACAGAGGUGGCAGGGUCAUUGUUGGAAUUGGCUUGUCCGGUUCAGGUGCAGGUCCAGCCGCAACAGAUACAGGAGUCCACAUCUCAGCAGCAGUCUGUACAACAGAAUACAGAGCAACAGAUAGUGCAGGUGCAAAUCCAGGGCCAGCAGCAAGGCCAGAUGCUGGGUCAGGUCCUCCAAGUGCCCUCUGGCUCCCAUCAACAGCUUCAAGGUGUGACUACUGCACAGCUGAUUCAGCCUGGGGACCUCACAGAGGAGCAGCACCAGCAGCUGCAAGCCCAGUUGGUGGCAGCCGUUGCAGGAGGACAACAGAUCCAAAUUCAGACAGUGGGGGCCCUCUCUCCCACCCAGCAGCAGGACAAUGUUGAGAGGAGGGUACUGGGAACCACCGUUGCUACAUCACAGGGAGCAGGGGUCCUCCAGCCAGCCAAGAAGCGUAAGGUUGACAUGCCCAUCACUGUGUCCUAUGCCCUGCCUGGUCAGCAAGUAGCCACAGUCCUGGCCAUCCCUCAGGGACAGGGCCAGCAGCAAAGUUACGUGUCACUGCGGCCAGACCUCCUAACCGUGGACAGCUCCCACCUUUACAGUGCUACAGGCACUAUCACCAGUCCCACAGGGGAGACUUGGACAAUCCCUGUCUAUUCUGCUCCUGCUGGUUCCGGAGGCCGUGAGCAGGUCACGCACAUUGCCAUCCCCCAGGAGGCUUAUGGAACAGUGCAGGUCGCGGGAGCAAACACUACAACAAUGACCACAAUGCCAACGCAAGUUACUGUUGAGAACGACAAGCUGAAAAUCCCUGCCAGUCAAAGUCAGACAGCGCAGGCCGUUUCCAGCAUAACAAGCUCUGGAGGAAUGGGAGGCCAAGAAGAAGUGGUGCACACACUCGCUGCAAACACACUGUUCCCAGCCCAGCUGAUGAAUGGAAAUAUCCACAUCCCUGUGGCAGUACAGGGCUACUCCAAUGCUACACAGUCCCUUAUCUGGGAUCCACAACAACAAGUGCUGCACACACAGGGUCUGUCAGGGCAGGACGCACAGCAGCUGCAGGGUCAGACAGUGGUAGCAGAGGUAGAUGGCCAAGGACAGCAGCAGGUGCAGGUGCAGGAGCUGCUGCUGCCUGCCACUCUGAAGCCAGAGGAAGGGCUGGACGUGUGGCGGCUUUGGGCUCAGCGGAAAAAUGCAGAGUUGGACAAAUCAGACAAAAAUAAACUGGCACCAAUUGGCCGACGCCAAGCACUGCGUUUCCAGGAGGACUUGGUGUCGUGUGCGGUAGCUGAACUCUGCAUCGGUCUCUCUUUGAUGACAACAGAGGCUCGGGGGCUGGAAGGGGAGACUUACGAGUCUGAUGUUCUCUACUAUGUAUUUCUGUGCAUACAAAAAUAUCUGUUUGAUAAUGGUCGUGUGGAUGACGUUUUCUCAGAUCAGUACUACACUCGCUUCGCUCACAGUCUGCACCAGAUCUUGGAGCCUUGGAGUCCAUCUAUUCAUCCGCUAGGGUAUAUUAUCCCCAGCCAUGUGACAGAGGAGAUGCUGUGGGAAUGUAAACAGCUGGGAGCUCAUUCUCCCUCCACACUGCUCACAACUCUAAUGUUCUUCAACACCAAGUAUUUCCACCUGAAGACAGUGGAUCAGCAUCUAAAAGUGGCCUUUUCUAAGGUGCUGAGACACACCAGGAAGAGUCCCAACAACCCUAAAGACAAGAGCACCAGCAUCCGAUACCUUAAGUCAACAGAGAGGUUCAUUGGACAGAAAGUAACAGAUGACAUGUACUCAGAGCAGCUAGAGGACCCAGAGAACCCGCUACGAUGCCCCAUCAAGCUCUACGAUUUCUACCUCUUCAAAUGUCCGCAGAGCGCAAAAGGUCGCAAUGACACCUUCUACCUGACUCCUGAGCCAGUGGUAGCGCCGAACAGCCCCAUAUGGUACUCAACUCAGCCAAUCCCAAAAGAGCAGCUGGAGCAGAUGCUUGCCCGCAUCCUCGUCGUCCGCGAAAUCCAGGAAGUCCUUAACAUGUCGGAGAGCGUGCACUAGUUGGACUGGAGGACAACAAUAAAUGGACUAGAGCCUUCCUCUCUCUCUUCACCCAGCCUUUGAUUGCUCAUUAUCAGUAGUUUUGUAUUCUCUCAGACCCAUCUGUGGUCUUUAAGGGUGGCAUGUAUAUGUUUAUAUUCCUUCUGUGUCAGCAUAUCGUACACACACGGACUGUACAUACACAGACAACCAAUACAGGUGAUAAUUUGUCUUAUCGAGGCAAUCUCUCAACCUUACCACAAGUUUUCUUCUUUUUGUUUGGCCAAAGGAUGUAGUGUCUAAUCUUUUUAUUGGACCUGAACUCUAAUUUAAAUGUUAUUUUAACUGUUGGUUCUUAUUACCGAUAGCCUGAAACAAUUGUUAAUUAUCUGUUUUGUUUUAAUCUGUAAUAUAUUUCAUAUAUAUAUAUAUUUUCACUGGGGUUGGCCUGCGCUAUGCUGCUUUCAUAGACAUCCCUCUUUGUCGCUCUACUUUCCCACAUCUGCCUUGUUAAAUCUUGCAGUGAAGACCUCGGUAGUAUCAAGACUGCAUUAGCCAGACAUAGGCUAAACGCUGAUUUUCAAGUUGUGUGUGAAUUCUCCCUCUUUCUUUGUUUCACUUCAUUUGUCAGGACACGCCGAACUCUGAAGGUGAAUCACUUGUUUGUGAAUGCUGCUUGGGGCUGUAGCGCCUCCUGUUGGCCUAGCUCAGCAGCAUUGAAUCACACCAGGACAUUGACUUUAUUGCAAUACAGUGCCGCCACUCGACCUGCAGCUACUGGCACUUGUCACAUGGAGACAUGUCGGAGGGAGGGCAAGGGAUGCUGACUGCUGCUGGAGCCUCAUUUCUCUCCUCUGUCCAUCACCAACCCCAAAACUUACCCGAAGAGGGAUCUAUUGUAUCAUACAUGUUUAUUACAUGACAGAUGAAAGACUAAAAAAAAGUGGGUUAGCCCUUAAUGUUCUAUAAUGUAUAAUACUCAUAGCUCCUUCAUGUACUGUAAUAGGUUUCAGUCAUCUAAGGAGAAUGGCAGUGCCUGUGUGUUUUUGAAACAUGACCUUUUUUGUACAGCCA